CUUAGACCAGUAGAGGAUUUGGUGGACAAGUCAGAGACACGUUCCCCAGAACUGAAGCCAUUCUUCAAGAAGCCUACAAGAAAGGAGCUAUGGAGAAUGGAAGAGCACGCACUCAGCAGAUAAGGCAAGUCCUGCUUCUCUUUGUUUUGCUGGGAAUGUCUCAGGCGGGCUCUGAACCUGGGAGCUUUUCCGUGGCAGAGGAAAUGCAGAGCGGGAGUUUUGUAGGCAAUCUGGCAAAGGACCUGGGGCUAAAGGUGAGAGAACUGUCCUUACGGGGGGCUCAGGUGGUCUCUAAUGAUAAGAAACAGCAUUUGCAGCUGGACAUAAACACUGGGGAUUUGCUCUUAAGUGAAACACUAGACAGGGAGGAGCUCUGCGGUUCCAUCCAGCCUUGUGUGCUACAUUUCCAGGUGUUAAUGAAAAACCCCACGCAGUUUUUACAAAUUGAACUCCAGGUCAGGGAUAUAAAUGAUCACUCUCCUAUCUUCUUGGAAAAACAAAUGCUCCUAGAAAUCCCAGAGAAUAGUCCUGUUGGUGCUGUGUUCUUACUAGAAAGUGCGAAGGAUUUAGAUGUAGGAAUCAAUGCUGUAAAAACCUACACAAUAAGCCCCAACUCUCAUUUUCACAUUAAAAUGAGAGUCAAUCCAGACAAUAGGAAAUACCCCGAGUUAGUUCUGGACAGGGCACUGGAUUAUGAAGAGCGCCCGGAGCUCAGUUUCAUCCUCACUGCUCUGGAUGGCGGGUCCCCUCCCAGGUCUGGAACUGCCUUGGUCAAAGUGGUGGUUGUGGACAUUAAUGACAACUCCCCUGAGUUUGAGCAGGCUUUUUAUGAGGUGAAGAUUCCAGAGAAUAGCAUCCUUGGCUCGCUGGUUUUGACUGUCUCAGCUUGGGAUUUAGACUCUGGAACAAAUGGUGAAAUAUGCUAUACUUUAUCCCAUGCUUCAGAAGAUAUUCGCAAGACAUUUGAAAUUAAUCAAAAGUCUGGAGACAUUACUUUAACAGCACCUUUGGAUUUUGAAACGAUUGAAUCAUACUCAAUAAUCAUUCAAGCCACAGAUGGGGGAGGACUUUUUGGAAAAUCUACGGUCAGAAUUCAGGUGAUGGAUGUAAAUGACAAUGCUCCUGAAAUCACUGUGUCAUCAAUUACCAGUCCAAUCCCAGAAAAUACGCCAGAGACCGUGGUUAUGGUUUUUAGUAUCCAAGAUAUAGACUCUGGGGACAACGGAAGAAUUGUUUGUUCCAUUCCAGAAGACCUCCCAUUCGUGCUAAAGUCUUCAGUUGAGAAUUAUUACACGUUGGAAACAGAGAGACCACUGGACAGAGAGAGCACAGCCGAGUACAAUAUCACCAUCACCGUCACCGACUUGGGGAUACCCAGGCUGAAAACCGAGUACAAUACAACUGUGUUGGUCUCCGACAUCAAUGACAACGCCCCCACCUUCACCCAAACCUCCUACACCAUGUUCGUCCGCGAGAACAACAGCCCCGCCCUGCACAUCGGCAGUGUCAGCGCCACAGACAGAGACUCAGGCACCAACGCCCAGGUCACCUACUCGCUGCUGCCGCCCCAGGAUCCGCACCUGCCCCUCGCCUCCCUAGUCUCCAUCAACACAGACAACGGCCACCUGUUCGCCCUCCGGUCGCUGGACUACGAGGCCCUGCAGGAGUUCGAGUUCCACGUGGGCGCCGCAGACCGCGGCUCCCCCGCGCUGAGCAGCGAGGCGCUGGUGCGCGUGCUGGUGCUGGACGCCAACGACAACUCGCCCUUCGUGCUGUACCCGCUGCAGAAUGGCUCCGCGCCCUGCACCGAGCUGGUGCCCCGUGCUGCCGAGCCGGGCUAUCUGGUGACCAAGGUGGUGGCGGUGGAUGGUGACUCGGGCCAGAACGCCUGGCUGUCGUACCAGCUGCUCAAGGCCACGGAGCCUGGGCUGUUCGGCGUGUGGGCGCACAAUGGCGAGGUGCGCACCGCCAGGCUGCUGAGCGAGCGCGACGCAGCCAAGCACAGGCUGGUGGUGCUGGUCAAGGACAAUGGCGAGCCUCCGCGCUCAGUCACGGCCACGUUGCAAGUGCUCCUGGUGGACGGCUUCUCCCAGCCCUAUCUGCCGCUCCCAGAGGCGGCUCCGGCCCAGGCCCAGACCGAAUCGCUCACCGUCUACCUGGUGGUGGCGUUGGCCUCGGUGUCGUCGCUGUUCCUCUUGUCGGUGCUCCUGUUCGUGGCUGUGCGGCUGUGCAGGAGGAGCAGGGCGGCCUCGGUGGGUCGCUGCUUGGUGCCCGAGGGCCCCUUUCCAGGGCAUCUGGUGGACGUGAGCGGCACCGGCACCCUAUCCCAGAGCUACCAGUAUGAGGUGUGUCUGACAGGAGGCUCCGGGACAAAUGAAUUCAAGUUCCUAAAACCGGUUAUCCCUAAUAUCCAGGCAAAAGGUCCUGGGAAGAAUAGUGAAGAAAACCCCACCCUUCAAAAUAGCUUUGAAGUUAAUUUUUAGUAAGAAUGCUAUUUACAUUUUCAUGUACUUUUUUAGUUUUAUAGAACCAUAUCGAUAUUAUUUAAUUUAAAACUAGUUACGUUAUUACGCAAUACAACUAAUCGUAUUUUUAACUUUUUCUUUUCUUCCCCCACUUUUUUUUUU